GGACAUCUGUGCCGAGGCGAGAGGCGAGAGAGGUUGCAUGAUUUCAGUGAAACGGCUCCAAAGGAGAGUCAGCAGUUUUACAAGGCGCAGAGCCAUUAAGGAGACUUAAUUGUACUUUAUUUUGUUAGGUUUUGCAACAACCCUUUGACAAGGUGUGCUUGUCGCCAUGACCGCCGUGUCUCUACUCUUUUUGACCGUUUCGGCCGCUGCUGUCCUGGCUGAGUCUAAUGUGUAUUUCCGAGAGCAAUUUGAAGACGGGGAUGCCUGGAAGAGUCGCUGGAUGGAAUCCAAGCACAAGACGGAUUAUGGCCAAUUUGUCCUGACUGCGGGGAAGUUCUACGGCGAUGCGGAGAAGGACAAAGGUUUGCAGACAAGCCAGGACGCCCGCUUCUACGCUCUGUCUUCACGCUUCGAUGACUUCAGCAACCAAGGCCAGCCUCUUGUCAUCCAGUUCACCGUGAAGCACGAGCAGAACAUCGACUGCGGUGGUGGAUACGUCAAAGUGUUCCCCUCUGGCCUCAAACAGGAGGAGAUGCAUGGGGACUCAGUCUACAAUGUCAUGUUUGGUCCUGAUAUUUGUGGCCCUGGCACAAAGAAAGUCCAUGUAAUCUUCAACUACAAAGGAAAGAACCAUUUGGUUAACAAAGAUAUCCGAUGCAAGGAUGACGAAUUCUCUCACUUGUACACACUUAUCGUCAACCCUGACAACACGUACGAGGUGAAGAUAGACAACAAAAAGGUUGAGUCUGGCAGCCUGGAGGAGGAUUGGGACUUCCUGCCUCCCAAAAAGGUUAAGGACCCUGAAGCCAAGAAGCCAGAAGAUUGGGAUGACCGAGAGAAAAUUCCCGACCCUGACGAUACCAAACCAGAGGGCUGGGACAAGCCUGAAAACAUUCCAGAUCCCGAUGCCAAGAAACCAGAUGACUGGGAUGAUGAAAUGGAUGGAGAGUGGGAGCCUCCCAUGAUCACUAACCCAGAAUACAAGGGUGAUUGGAAGCCCAAAGAGAUCAGCAACCCUGCUUACAAGGGAAAGUGGGUCCAUCCUGAGAUAGACAACCCGGAGUACACCGCUGAUUCUGAGAUCUACAAAUAUGACAGCAUUGGUGUGAUCGGACUGGACCUGUGGCAGGUGAAAUCAGGCACCAUCUUUGACAACUUCCUCAUCACUAACGACCCCAAACUGGCGGAGCAGGUUGGCGACGACACUUGGGGCAAAACUAAGGAUGCAGAGCAAAAGAUGAAAGAAAGCCAGGACGAGGAGGAGCGGAAGAACCGUGAGGAAGAAGACAAGCAAAACCGAGAUGAGGCAAAGGAUGAAGAGGAGGAAAAAGAAGAAGAAGAUGACGAUGAAGAUGAUGAUGAGGGGGACGGUGAGGAUGAGGAGGAAAAUGAUGAGGAUGAUGAUGAAGACACAGAGUCCCCCAUGAAGGAUGAGUUAUAAACAAUUUCAAUGCAAGGAGAAGUUUCAAGAAUGGACUGUCUGUGAACCACUGGAAGCAGGCUGAAGACUCAUGUUUGUGGGAGGGUUGUUUGUUUACAAUUUAGGGUUAAAAAUUGCAAA